AUGAAUCAUAAUCAUAAUCAUUUGCAAAUUCCUAUCGAAUCAGAUGACUCAAGCUGGAGACAGAGAUGCAACAGGAGGAUGGAGGAACUGAAGAACACACAAUUCUCAAGUCAAGAGGCAGCAGCUUCUUCACAACCGGUGAGACUAUUAUUGCAUAAGGAACUUGUUGGAAAAGUUAUGGUUCGCGAGUUGUACAAUGCUGUUGAAGAUGGGAAUGUGGAUAACUUUGUUGGGGUUUUGAAUCAACAAUGCAGAAAAAGGAAACUAUCUUUGUCUGAUAUUUUUUAUCAAGUCACUGGAGCAGGUGAUUCAUUGCUUCACGUGGCAGCAUAUCAUAAGGGAGAGCAUAUUGCUGAGCUGAUUGCUCAUCAUUUUCCUGAGCUUCUUAUUAGGAGAAACGUAAGAGGAGAUACUCCACUUCAUGUUGCUGUGAGGUCCAAGAACUCUACUAUAGUCAACAUCAUUCUCUCACAAUAUGCCAUAGAGAAGUCAAACCAUGAAGAGAUGAAUGAUAAAGAGAUAACAAGAGAAACAAAUGAACAUGGGGAUACUCCUUUGCACGAGGCUAUCCACAGUGGGGAUGUUGAUGUGAUAAAGGAGAUUUUUUGUGCAGAUAACGAUGUGGUUCAUUAUUUGAACAAGUCAAGGCGAUCACCACUGUAUUUGGCAGUAGUGAAUGGGAAUGUGGAAAUUCUGAAUCUUCUAUUGGAAAUUCCAUUCCCUGUGGAUCUUCCACAGUGCCUUGGAAACUCUCCACUCCAUGCAGCCCUGUUAGAACGGAAAUCUGACGAAGAGGAAGACCGAACCGUGGAGAAACACUUAGAUGGAGUAUAUGAGAACAAGUGGGACUCCCUCUGGAGUAGCAUGUUGAGAAAGAGGAAAGAUCUAAUAAAUGGGAUACUAGCAAAAAGACCAGAACUAGUUUACUUAAGAGAUGAAGAUGGAGGUACUCCCCUUCAUUAUGCAGCUUAUAUCGGUUAUGUUGAGGGAUUUCAUAUACUCUUAGAAAAUUCAAUUGAUAGUUCAAAUCAAACUGCCUUGGAAGGGAACAAAAAGGGUCAUCUUCCUAUUCACCUUGCUUGCAAAAAGGGUCAUGUUAGGGUGAUAAAUGAUUUUCUUCAACAUGAAUGGCCUAUUAAUCUUCUCCUCAACCAAAAAUGUCAAAACAUUCUUCAUGUUGCAGCGAAAAAUGGAAAAAGUAAAGUGGUACAAUACCUAUUGAAAAAUUCGAAGAUCGACCAAUUUACUAUAAACCAGAAAGACAAUGAUGGAAACACUGCAUUGCAUUUGGCUUCAAUAAAUUUGUUUCCUAAAGUUUUGUACUUCAUCACUCAAGAUAAGAAGACUGAUGUUAACUGCUCGAAUAACGACGGCUUUACGGCUCGGGAUAUCGUUCAUCUAGCUUCGAAAAAGCAAAUGACAAUUCGAAAGUUCCUUGCUAAUCUAGUAUUAAAAGAAGCUGGUGCCCUCCUAAAAGUAAAUGAUAUGUUGAGUUCUCAAUGGCAACAAUCGCCCAGAAUGCAAUUGAGCUUAAAAGAUCUCAUCAACACAUUUUUAGUUGUGGCAACGUUGAUGGUCACUGUGACAUUUGCUGCUGGUUUCACUGUGCCUGGAGGCGUAUAUAGUUCAGAUGCUAAAGACCCAAAAAAUAUAGGGAUGGCAAUUUUGGCUGAUAAACCAUUUUUUUGGGUAUUCACCACCUUCAACAUGAUAGCUAUGUAUAGCUCUGUUAUUGCAUGUGGACUCAUGUUGAUGGCACUGAUUUUUGAUCAUAAAUUGGCAACAGGAGCAACUAUCCUUGCAAUGUGUUGUUUGGUUCUUGCCUUUUCAACCGUACCAAUUGCAUUUAUGGCUGCAGUACAUCUAGUUGUGGCCAACAACUAUGCUCUUUCCCGUACUAUUAUUGUCAUUGGAGUUGUGUACACUUCCCUCAUCUUGUUGGGUUUAUUUUUUGGAUUUUUUCCAAUUGGAAUUCGCCUUCUUCUAUUUCGUCAUGUUGGUAGACUCGUUCUUCGGAUUCUAAUUGCAUUGACAAAAUAUGAUGAUAGGCCUGAAGAUUCAUUGCCUCAGAAAGAAAACAAUGACAAGGAUGAUUAA